UCGAUUGCAACGUUAUUUCCUGUAAUGAUGAUGUGAGAUGAGAUGGUGCGUGUGUGGUUGUAUUUGGAAACGAUUAAACUUGUGUUUAUCUCGAGUGGUCAAAGGGGCAUGAAAUAGGGAGAAAUGCGGGACAGGCUUGUUGAAUUGGGAGGUGUUGCCACCAAAGUCGUACAAGAGGAAGACCGAGUGGAUAAAGGUGAAGACGUGGACAAUGGUGUACUUGAACAGCACGUGGUGGUGUUUGAGGGCGAAGAUGUCAUGGAUUACAUCUUCAGAGAAGCCCAAUCUAUCCAGAAAGAAAUCGCUCAUCUCAGGAUUGAGGUAAAGAGACUGGGCAAACAAAACACUCGCUUUCUCACCUCCGUCAGACGCAUCAGCAGCAUCAAACGUGACUCUAACACGAUUGCAAAGAGCAUCAAAACAAAAGGGGAGAACCUGUAUGCUCGCAUACAGAAGAUGGAUGCACUUUGUAAAGAGUUGGAGGAGAAAAAUGGACCGCAAUCGGCUUUGGUCCGUAUGAUACGCUGCCAGUUUGUCUCAAUAACGGGCUCGUUUCACGAGGCUAUGAACGAAUACAACAAGGCCGAAAUGGCGCAGAGGGACAACUGCAAGACUCGUAUCCAAAGGCAAGCGGAAAUCAUGGGUAAAGAGGUGACUGGAGAUCAAAUUGAAGAAAUGAUUGAGACUGGCAAGUGGAAUGUCUUCGCAGGCGACUUGCUCACGGACGGGCGAACCGCUCGCUCAGCGCUCAAUGAGAUCGAGAAUCGCCACAAGGAGCUUCUGGAGUUGGAGAGUCGCAUCCGAGACAUCCAUGAUCUGUUUUUCCAGUUGGCUUUGCUGGUGGAGGAGCAGGGGCCCAUGGUGGACAACAUUGAGGCUAAUGUGUGUGCCACCGAGGACUAUGUGGCCAAAGCGACUACGCAAAUAAAGAAGGCUGUGAUAUACAAGAAGAAAAAUCCUUGUCGUCAGCUGUUCUGUUGCUGUUUUCCAUGUUGCAAUAAGUGAUUUCAGUGUUCAUGUUGAGCUUUUUAAUUUCGCAUUCGUUUACAAAAGCCAUAGCAUAUUAAUUAAAUGAGAAACAACCUUGUGCAAUUUACCUUCAUGCGUGUGAAGCAUCAUUCUUGUAUUAAAGGGAUAGGUUACCCAAAAAUGAACAUUCUGCCAUUAUUUACUCCCUCAUGGAGCACAAAAGAAGAUUUUAGGCACAAUGUUAGCAUCGUCACCAUUCACUUCUAUUGCAUUUCAUUCCAUACAAUAAAAGUAAAUGGUGACUGAGGCUAAGAUUUAGUCUAAAAUCUCUAUUAGUGCUCCAUGGGAGGUUUGGGUCAACAUGCGAUAGAAUAUUGGUUUUUGUGCAAACUGUAUCUUUUAUGUUAAUCUGUAUUCUCAUUUGCUAUAAAGAGGACAUUCAUAACCCAUGGUGCCCUGUGCUCGAUGGGUGUCACUGAAAAGUUUUGUGUCUUAACCACAGAAGCUGCAAUGCAAAUGAGUCAAAGUGAUACUGCAAUCUUGUUAAUGUUUUUUUUUUUAUUGCGAGUGUCAGAACAUUUAGUUGAUGUGUAAAAGCCAUUGCAAUGGACACCAUAAGAGAAAAGUGUUUUACAUUGCCCAUGUACAGUCCUCGGGCAAGCAUUAUACAGAAUUUAUGGUUUUAUUGUCUAUUUUAAAGUGCUUAUGAGAA